GGGAAAAUGAAUAAAGUAAUGAAAUUUGUUGGCCUCACCGUUCACUUCACUGUUGCGCAUUGCAGGUUAUGUUAGUCUCAUUUUUGAAGUCGAACGGCAAGCCGUUCCAAUUACGGGGACUGGUUGCGCGGCUUUAUUCAACCCGCAAGAGCGAGGUGUCUUCUUCUGACCCACAAAAAGACACCAUCCGCCGUUACUUGUACCCUCCGAACAUCCGCAACAAAGCCUCUCCUACUGGUACAUGGCGCCCAGACGUCGCACGCGCUCUCCAGCGCGCAAUACCUUCUGUGCAAGCGCACGAGACUAUCGAGCGCGCUUGGCUCCUCCAUCAGAGACACCUACGCAAGAAACGGGAUGCGGAGCUGCAGCGCAAAUUUAAUUGCAUGAGACAGGCAAUGCAGGAACUGGAGGAGAUUGACUCGAGGUUGUUUAGGGAAGCAAACAAGCAAGAGGAUCCAAGAGCGAGGAGUUUGGCUGAGGUGGAGGCUAUGAAGAGUAUGUCUGAACCGGAGAAGCGAGCUGUCGAGUCCAGGGUGAGGGGUUUGUUUCCUAGAGAACUCCGCAUACCAACAGAUACACCGCCGAAGAAUGGCUGGCCUAAUGAAUGGAGGGCAUUCCAGAGGCCCUUGGCAUGAGCACAGUCACAGGGCGCUUCCAUCGUUAUCAGGAGGUGCAUACGUAGAGUAUGUAAUCGGACUCUUGUUUGUUGAGGCCUUACGAUGUGCCAUAUACUGGCCGGCUACGAGUUUCCACAAUUCUGUCUAUGGGAGCUUGUUAUGAAUUUAGUGGGUCUCGACCAAUCAUGACGCAUUUAUCGC